UUUGUAAAUGUAGAAAUCGGAGUGACGACGGUGGUAGAUAUUAUAGGAGUAAUGUCGUGGAAGAAAAGAUCAGUUAUAACUGGUAUCAUGUGUUUAAUGAUGUUUCUAGUUUCUCUUAUCUUUACCACAGAGGGUGGUAUAUAUAAUAGGUAUACUGAUGUAUUAUUUAAUUGUAGGGUGGUAUAUAUAAUGGGUAUAGUGAUGUCUUAUUUAAUGGGUGGUAUAUAUAAUGGGUAUAGUGAUGUAUUAUUUAAUUGUGGGGUGGUAUAUAUAAUGGGUAUAGUGAUGUAUUAUUUAAUG